AUGCUGAUCCGAUGCAUGAUAUUAGAGGGCGACCGUGUCAUCCUUCAUGGUAAAAAUCCGAUUUUGACGAAGCCGCUGCAAAAGAAGCAUAAAACCGACCUUCCUCGCGGAUAUAUAUUACACGAAAGCAUCAUUGGGCAGAAAGCGCGCUGUCGCGUUCAAGCGCAUAAAGGGACCGAUUACCGAGUCACCCAUCCUACAUUCGAUGAAUAUGUCUCCAUGACGCCUCGUCUAGUAACGCCGAUCUACAGCCCAGACGCCGAACUCAUCGUUUCCCUUCUCGAUAUCCACGUCGCUCCUCCCGCCGAGGGAGAUGAUCUACCACCCUUGGAGAUCCUGGAGUCAGGAACCGGUCAUGGCUCUCUGACAUUACAUCUAUCCCGUGCCAUUCAGGCCGCCAACCCAAGCCCACCGGCAAUCCCACCCACCUCGCAGAUCAAAUACCUACAAGGUCGUCCCCAUCGGCCCGACGAGCAGAAGGACCAGAAGGACCAGAAGGACCAGAAGGACGAACAGCCUCAAAAUAGUGACACGCCGAACGCCGCCGCCGAAAAGGAGACGGCGACGCCCUCAUCCGACCCUGUCCAAGAACAAUGGGACGCCUGGCGCUCGCAGCGUCGCGCAGUGAUCCACACUGUGGACGUGUCGCCCAGCUUCUCGGCCCGCGCGGAGAAGACCGUCCGAGGAUUCCGGCGCGGACUAUACGCAGGAAACGUCGAUUUCUACGUCGGACACGCAGAGAACUGGAUCGCGGAGCAGAUCUGGCAACGUACCCCGGAAUCGCUCCUCCAGCUGACCAAACCGACCGUCGAGCCGUUCCUCACCCACGCCAUCCUCGACAUGCCGUCCGCGAAUCAGCGCAUCCCGCACGUGGCCCCGAUCCUGAAACCCAACGGCAUCCUGGCCGUCUUCAUGCCCAGCAUCACGCAGAUCGGCGAGUGCGUAGAUCUCAUCCGCAAACAGAACUUGCCGUUCAGCAUGGACCGGGUCGUCGAGUUGGGUGCCGGUAUCAGCGGUGGCCGGCAAUGGGAUGUGCGAUUCGCGGUCAAGAAGUCCCGCGCUGAUCCGGCAUCGUGGACCGCAGACGACGCCGUCGCUGUGCCUACUCCUCCGGAAGAGGCGCCUCGCGAUGACGGUGUGUUGGUCUGCCGGCCGAAAGUCGGGGCUCGGAUCGUGGGUGGUGGGUUCGUUGGCAUCUGGAGGCGCUUUGAGGAUAAGCAGAAGCCCUGA